AUACAGACAAUACAGAGACUAAAAUAAAAAAAGAAAGAAGGAAGAAGAGGAUGAUGAAGAAGAAGAAGGAGAGGAAGAGGAUAAAGAAGCUCUGACAGGGAAAACAACAAGAAGACCUUCAGAAUCAACUAGUAUAAAUACAAGAAAGCGACGAAAAGAUGAUAACGCUCAUAAACAGAACGGUGAUUCUGUCAUUUCUAAUGAAUAUAAAAAAGGGAAAAAAGAAGAUAAUGAUGAUGAUGACAUGAUAAAAGAUACAAAUUCCCUAAAGAAGUCUAAAUUGAUUGAUGAAUCUAUAUCAACUGAGACCAAAACAUUAAACGAUAAUAUCAAUGGUGAUAGUAGCAGCCAUGAGGAUACUAUAUCUAAAAGUAAAAGACGACGCGUUUCUAAGAGCACAUUAGAAGUAACUGAGAUAACGCGAUCUCGUAGAAGACAGAGUCGACAAGAAGAAAAAGAAAUUAUAUUAGAAAAAAAGAUAGAGGAGAAGACUGAAGAAAAGCAAGUCAUCAAAGACGACUCUCAAGAUAAAGAAGAAACGAAAGAUACCUCAACAUUAAGUGAGGAGACGAUAGAAAGAAAAGAAGAGGAAACAAACAGUUCUGAACAAAAAGAGUCAGACUCUGUUAUUAUAAAGAAAGGUGAAGAACAAAUAGAAGAAGGAGUGCCAGAAAAUCAGAAAAACAGAAAUCAAGAUAUUCAAGAUGAUGUAGAUUAUGAUUAUCAGCAAAGACAUAAGGAAGCACUUGAUGCGUUGACGCAUAUUGAAAUAGAGUUUGCAAGAUUAAGAGACAAAAUGUAUCAAGAGAAAAUGUCUGAAUUAAAUGAAGAAGCUAUUAUGAUUGCUAAUGGUACACACCCUGAAUUAGUAGCAUUAAUGGCAGAGAUUGAAGAAAAGAAGGGAAGAAGAAUACAUAAUGCAGAAGCAUGGAGAAGACAUCAACAUGCUAAUUUUAAACAACAAUUUGAAGGUUUUGAAUAUCAAGCCAAUAUUCAUUUUAUAGUAAGUGUCAUAUUUAUAAGGAUACCUAUUUUCAUUUACUAAUUUUAAUAGUCACAAAAAAAUGCUCUGCGACGAAAUUUAUUAAGCGACAUUAAUAAUAAGAAAUGGACAAUAGAAGAUGAACGUACAAAAUUAAAUGAUCCUUCAAGAGGCGAUAAAU